AAUGCAUCCUGACCCACCAAGCUCCACCCAAGCAUUUUGUGUACAUAACAUUCUGUUGCUUUCCUGCUUUUCAUUGCAGUUGUGCUUUCGAAGUUCGGGGUGUCAUACAAUCAUCCUCUGCACAGCACUUUGGCACUUUUCUCUCUCAUCUUCGUUAUCCUUUGUUCUCUCUUCACGGAUUCAUGGGGCCGGUCAAGACUGUAGACAAACUAACUGUUACUUUCCUCGUCGACAAUUCAAUAGAAUGGUUUACCAAGUUGCCUCCAGGCUUCACUCAUGAGAUGCGAGUGCAUCUAUCUGAGCACGAUCCUCCAAUUGAUCCAAUCACGGGUGCCCCUGUUCUCGAUCUUGAGAAGUAUUGCUGUGGAGCUCAUGGUUUCUCGGCAUUGAUCGAAACGCAAAUCGAGGGAUCGGACCCUCAUCUGGUCCUAUUCGACACUGGCCCAGACUCACGUUCCAUCGCAAGGAACGUCGUCUCUAUGAAAGUGCCAAUUGAGCGUGUCGAGCGUGUGAUUAUCUCUCACUGGCACAGUGAUCAUAGCGGCGGUCUCCUUUCCUUUCUCCGCUUAUACCAGGAAGCUACGAAAGCCCAAAUCAACAAGGGAAACGCGACCCAGCCUUGCGUAGCUGAUUUACACCCAGAUAGACCGUAUGCAAGGGGUAUCGCUCCUUUGGGCAAGGUGGUCGCACAGGUUGAUCCGGGUCCAACUUUUGAUGCGAUUCGGAAGGUUGGUGGGGUUGUGGAAACUCACCCUGAGGGCCAUACAGUGGCAGAUGGUACUGUGUACGUGAGUGGAGAAAUUCCAAGGGUGACUUCGUUCGAGAAUGGGCUUUUGGGUGGCAUGAAAUGGGUUGGAGAUGUACAAAUCAAGCAGGGUGAAUGGGUUCCUGACGAGGAUAUUGUGGACGAACGAUAUGCUGCUGUCGACGUAGCAGGAAAGGGACUCGUGAUUUUUUCUGCAUGUUCGCAUGCCGGAAUUGUGAAUGUUGUUCGCGACGCCGUAGAGAAGUUCCAGCGGCCUAUUUACAUGAUCAUUGGCGGUCUACAUCUUGCCAGUCCUGAUUUAACGGAUAGAAUUGAACCGACCGUAGACUUCCUGGCGAAUAAAUUGCGACCAGCGCCGAUGUAUGUUCUGCCCAUGCAUUGCUCUGGGUUUGCAUCCAAGAUUGCGUUGGAAAGAGCUCUAGGAGAAGGAUGCGUACCUACAGGAACGGGCAUUCGAGUUGUGGUUGAUGGUCAACGAAAUUUGGAGUCUCAAGGAGGCUUUAUGACUCCUCCAACAAUUGCGUCUUGAAGAUUCUAAAACAUCUAUCAGUCAAAUUUUCGUACCGUCCGAAUGUCACAUCGUUUUCCCGACUGUGAACUCUACCCUGCUGUUUGCUUAGUGU